CAGGUUCGAAUGUUUUUCUAAUAUUGCUUAGAAAAUAACUUAGCAAUCGUGGAUUGUCAUUUUUGCGUUAAGAAACUUUGCUUUUCUUCACCCUUCGAUUGAAUAAUAAUUAUUCUGCUUGGCAAAUAAUUUUACUAGUCGCAGAAAUAUAUUCGUGUAAUGGCAGCAUUAAUGUUGAGAAACGCUUGCCGACGCACCUUAUUGUUCGGUCAGAGCCCGGCAUCACACUUGUUCGCCGUGCGGACCGUUGUUUUGAAACCGGUGCGGCCUGUCGUUCCUCAGGGUGAAUCACACGAUGAUCGAAACGCUCGCCUUAAACGCCCGCAAUCGCCACAUUUGACCAUUUAUGCUCCACAACUAACCAGUAUGCUCUCGAUCACGCAUCGUGGGACUGGUGUUGCUUUGGCCGGAUACGCUAUGAUCCUAGGACUGGGGGCGUUGGCUUUACCUCACGACGCCACUCAUUAUCUGACCAUGCUAGAGGGACUGAACGCGCCUACACUGUUCGCUUUGAAGUUUACACUAUCUUACCCGUUAGCGUUCCAUGCAACUAACGGAGUUCGCCAUCUGUUCUGGGAUUUGGGAAAAUUCCUGAGUAUUAAGGAGGUUUACAAUACUGGCUACGUUAUGGUAUUGGUUUCCGGCGCCAUUGCAGUGGGACUCACGUUCUUGUAAAUUGAAAAACACACAUACAUGAUUAACAUCAAACACCUAUUUAAAAACAUGUAAACGUUUGAAAAUGAGUUUAAUAAAAUACAAUCUUAAA